CUGGGACACACAAUCGCCAGGACUCCCCAAGGCCCGGCAGGGUCAGAGCUCAGCCACAGACAACCGGUCUUCUUGGCAAGCUCAGCAGAAGCAGAGGGCCCUAUCCCAUGGAGAGAUGCUGGGUGACGGAGGCAGCCAAUGGCUCCACGGAUGGCUUGGAUUUCAACCCCAUGAAGGAUUACAUGAUCCUGAGCAGUUCCCAAAAGAUAGCUAUUGCAGUGCUGUGCACCCCUCUGGGCCUGCUAAGCGCCCUGGAGAACCUGGCUGUGCUCUAUCUCAUCCUGGCCUCCCGCCGACUCCACAGGAAGCCCUCAUACCUGUUCAUUGGCAGCUUGGCUGGGGCUGACUUCCUGGCCAGUGUGGUCUUUGCCUGCAACUUUGUAAAUUUCCAUGUCUUCCAUGGCGUGGACUCCAAGGCGGUCUUCCUGCUGAAGAUCGGCAGCGUGACCAUGACCUUCACAGCCUCUGUAGGCAGCCUGCUGCUGACUGCCAUUGACCGCUACCUCUGUCUGCGCUACCCACCUACGUACAAAGCCCUACUUACCCGUGGGAGGGCCCUGGUGACCCUGGGCAUCAUGUGGGUCCUCUCAGCAUUGGUCUCCUACCUGCCCCUCAUGGGAUGGACUUGCUGUCCCAGUCCCUGCUCUGAGCUUUUCCCCCUGAUCCCCAAUGACUAUCUGCUGGGCUGGCUCCUGUUCAUUGCCAUCCUCUUCUCUGGCAUCAUCUACACCUAUGGGCAUGUCCUCUGGAAGGCCCAUCAGCAUGUAGCCAGAUUAGCUGAACACCAGGACCAAGACAGGCAGGUGCCAAGAAUAGCCCGGAUGAGGCUGGAUGUGAGGUUGGCCAAGACCCUGGGGGUGGUGCUGACUGUGCUCGUCAUAUGCUGGUUCCCAGCGCUGGCUCUCAUGGUCUACAGCCUGACCACAACUCUAAAUGACCAGGUCAAGAAGAUCUUCGCCUUCUGCUCCGUGCUCUGCCUUGUCAACUCCAUGGUCAACCCCAUCAUCUAUGCCCUGCGGAGUGGGGAGAUCCGCUCCUCCGCCCACCACCGCCUGGCCCGCUGGAAGAAGCGCCUGAGGGGCCUCGGGCUUGAAGGGAAAGAAGAGGCCCCGAAGUCCUCAGUCACUGAGACAGAGGUUGAUGUGAAAAUCACCCAGUGGCCAGAUUCCAGAGGUCUAUCCUGCUCUGACCGCGGAUGAGGCCUCUUGCACAGUUUUAAACAAGCCAAGUCACAAUCAUUUCACUCCCUGGAGAAGAGAGAGGGAUCUUGAGCCUCUCAUCUUACUUGUCUUGCUUGAACCAGCCCCCGGAGCCUGGACACUUACCCCUUUUCACUGAUGACUAUGGGCACUGACCCCUGGAGGGUAGCCUAGUCAUGCCUAUCUGCACACAGUCUGCUGGAGAGCCAGGCUUGGCAAGGAAUGGCAAGGAGGGCAGGAGGCAAAAGGCCUGGGACAGGCUCAGUGCAUGUCAGGUCAAGACAACCUUCCCAACAAGAUGCUUGGUGCCUGCAUCUUCCAGAGACCAUAGGAGCCAGACGGAGGCUUCAGGCUCAGACUUGAAGGACGAGGAGGAAAUCUGAGAAGACUGGAUUAUUCUCCUAGAAUAUCUCCAGGGUAUCACAUGGGAUGGACAGCCAGCCCCUGUUCCUGCUUAACUGUUGGGGCCUCCUUGGUUCUGGAGCUAUGAAAGGCCUCACCUUCAGGUCACCCUUUCCCACUGAGGACCAAGAGCUGUGACAUGAUGAGGACCAAGAGUGUUGAUUCGUCUCUCUCAGAGGUAACAGACAAGCCUCCAGUUCAGAGCAUCUUGUUAUUAGGGCAAUGGCCCUUCUUGGCACCCUGAUAAUUGCCACUCACAGCCACUGUGACCUCUUGGGUCCCUGGGGAAUCCAGAGGAGGCUGGGAUCACUUGAGACACAGAAUCUUCAGAGAGUUUUAUUGACCUUGUGAAGUCCUAUUUGGUGAUAGGAAGCAGGCAGCAUCCCAGUCUAACUCAACUCCAAGAAAAAGGAAGAUAUUCACAAAGAUUUUCCAAAUCCCCAAUUGUUCCCACUCACCCCUCAAUUCAGCCCCUUUGUCUCCUUCAUACCCCUAUAACGAAGAAUAAACAGCGCAACUGAGAGGAGGGGGAAAUUUCCUCACCACGUGCCAGGCACGGGGCUGACAUCCCACAGUCCAUUAUCUCCAGCAAAAAUACAGCCCCACGCUUUUGAAGAUUCCAGGACACCCAUAUUUCACUUGUCAGGGAGGCUAGGCUCCUACCAGAGGGACCUAAAACAGUAGGCAAGA